AUCUACAGCCGCGUCCUAAAAUGAAGUCAAACACACGUCUCGGUGAAGAAAAGGAGCCCAAAGAAGGCUCGAUCCUGCGGUGGUGUGCAGACUAGAAAGAGUCUGGAUGGGUCAGGCUGCAUGCAAGCGGCUCCUUCUGCAAGAGAGUGAGAGGGGCUUGAAGUGAAGCCAACCGGCGAAGAGGAAGGACCAUAAACAGCUGCCUCCUUCUCCCCCCCCAUGCAGAGACAGCAAAAGGAGCCCGAUGGAAAGAGAGGGCGGAUGACAGGAGGGUCUGUGGUGAGUUCGGCAAGGGAGUGUCGCAUUUGAGGGUCUUCAGAGGCAGAGGAAGGUGCUGGCAAGUGGAAUGGGAGGCGGGAGGUGCUGAGUAUGCACCCGCAUGCUUUGAGAGUGAGGAAAGCCGAAGUGUAAGAGGACUGGGAAGUGUGUGAGGAAAAUUGGAGGGUUGCAGGAGAAGUUGUAAGAAGAGAAGUGAGAAGAAGUCACCUGCCAGAGGAGCGGGAGUCAGCAGGAGGCCGGAUCAUGUUGGGCAAGCGGACUUUGGAUGUCAAGCUUUGAGGGGUUCUCUUGGCUGGCAACAAAACUUCAGAGGAGAAGGGCCACCAAAGGCUGCAAUCAUGGGGUGCAUUCACAGCCUGGCCACCAGGAGGAUUAAGGACCACCAAGAUGACCCCGAAGACACAGCUCUAAAGACUGACCCUGAGGUACUCCCUGAGAUCCUGCAACUCGCUGAGGUGUCUACCAUCUGUGCCUCAACGCCAGAGCAGCAAGAUUCCAUGAAAUCUACAUCACUGAAGAAAAGAAGCUCCAUGCCGAGUAAAAGUGAGGAGCAAGUCAUGGAGCAGGUGAUGGAGCGCCACUACGACAUUGACCUCACUUAUAUCACGGAGAGGAUCAUCUCGGUCUUCUUCAUGCCAGAGCUUGAGGAACAGCGAUACUGCGCCGAGCUGCAGGGAAUGGCGACAAUGCUUAAAUCCAAGCAUCAGGACAAGUUUCUGCUUUUGAAUUUGUCAGAAAAGAGACAUGACAUCACAAGACUCAUCCCAAAGGUGCAGGACUUCGGUUGGCCUGAUCUCCACGCUCCACCUUUGGACAGGAUCUGUACCGUGUGUAAGGCCAUGGAGACGUGGCUGAGUGCUGAUCCCAAUAAUGUAGCGGUUCUCCACUGUAAGGGAAACAAAGGGAAGACAGGUGUCAUUGUGGCGGCUUACAUGCACUACAGCAAGAUAUCGGCAGGAGCGGAACAGGCGCUCACCACGCUGGCCAUGCGGAAGUUUUGCGAGGACAAAGUUUCUUCUUCCCUUCAGCCCUCUCAGAACAGGUACAUCUACUGCUUUGGUGGCCUGCUGUCAGGUGCCAUUAAAAUGAAUAGCAGUCCCUUGUUCCUCCAUCAGAUUCAUAUUCCAUCACUGCCAAAUUUUCAGACGGGAGGAGGUUACUUUCCAUUUGUAAAGAUCUACCAAUCACUACAGCUGAUCUACACCUCCUGUGUCUACAACCCGCAGACCUCUAGGUCCCGGAAGCUGUGUGUGACGAUGGAGCCGGCGUUAUUAUUGAAGGGGGACAUCAUGGUCAAGUGCUAUCAUCGACGGAGCCAGGCAGCAGAGAGAGAGGUGGUAUUCAGGAUCCAGUUCCACACGUGCACCAUUCAUGGUGCCCAGCUGUGGUUUGGGAAGAAGGAUCUUGACGUAGCCUGCACAGAUGACAGGUUCCCUCGCGAUGCUGCAGUGGAGUUCAUCUUUUCUACCAGGCCGGAAAAAAUAAACAAAAACCAGAAGACAGAACCCUCCAUCAAAGUGAACUACAACGCGUCAGAUCCAGUGGUCAGUUGGGACUCUUACGAGAAUUUGAACCUGCACCAUCAAGACAGCCCAGAGAAUAUUUCUCAUACAAGGGGCCCUUUGGAUGGUAGUCUGUACGCACAGGUGAGAAAACGACGAGGACCGGGCCCAACUUCCCCACCCAACGGGUGCCUCGCCAGCAGCCCAACGGUGACGACGCAGAUGGCCAAACAGUCGCAGAUUCUCACCGGCACUUCCAGCUGUGUCCCCUCUGAUCACGUCGAGAACCGCUCAUCCUUCACCGCUCAUCCCGGAAACGAGACGAUUGAAAGUCUGACGGAUAAAGGACACACCGAGACAAGGGAGAGCGUACGGUGGAAAGAAAAAAACAGAGAGACCGAGAUUUUAGACGAUGCAAAAUUGUCAAAUCCCGGAGGAUUAGCGCGAGAGUGUUGCGGUCGAGCGGGUACCACGUGUGGAGGCGUGGGGCGGCAAUGGGAGCAAGAGCCCUGCCCGGCUGAUGGUCACUGCGCUGGAUGUUACGACGGUCUCAGAAAACAUGCCAAAAGUCAAACUCUGCCAGCCUUACCAUCCAAGUCUGCGUCCCCUCCGCCUCAUUUGACUCAUAUGGAACUCUGUCAUCGCCAUAGUGUCCAUCCUUUGCCAGAGUUAGCCUGGGAACAGCCACCUCCAUCCGUACCUUGUCUCCACAGACCCUGCUUCCCUUAUUCCGCUUCAGAAUAUCCACGUUCACACGGCCACACGCUUCCGGCUUCGAGCCGACACUACAAUGACGAGUGCCAAGUCUUCCAUUAUGCCAGCCAAGCCCCGAGCUCUCACCUUUCCCACCAGUCCCUACUUACAAGCCCGUACCGAGAGAUGUUCUUUGCUCCGCCAAAUCAGUUCCCUGGCUGUUCUUGCCGGGAGUGCUCCGGCAGGCGGGAGCACCAGGCAGCCUCAGUCAGAGUCCUCCAUUCCAUGCAUCCAGACCAAGCAGCGGGAUUACAACAAACUCGAGAAGCGUUGUGGGAAAACAAAAACCAGUGGGAAGCUGACUUCUGGCAAUGUAAAUCGGCCGUCCCUCCUUAUCACAUCUGUCACUCUGCCGCUUUCAAGCAGGGCGCAGAGCAGCAAAGGUUUAUCCUUGGACCACAGCAGAGUCAUCCCAGCCCGCAGCCUCUGAUGGACAUUCGGGAUGGAGCCAGCAGCGGAUACCACACGCCUCCGCCUCCACGUCAAUCUUGCCCCUGCUCUCCUUAUCAGUCGUCUCCCGUUGACAGCCACGGGAGUCGGGGUUAUGCUUCGGGUAACCUCUCUGGGUCAGCUUCUCCUUUGCCAGCCAGUAGCCCCUCGCUUGGGGGAGGAAGACUUCUAGAAACCCCUGCGGGAGCCAAGGAUCAGCAGCAGGAGCAUAUCAAAGAAAAGGCCAUACCUAGCGCAGAGGUUGACAUAUCGCAGGGUUCGGAGGGUCGACCUGACAGAUCAAGCGCUCAGACUCUGGACUCUGAUCAUGACUAUACAGUCAUUGGCGGCGGCAGCCCCACCCACACAGAAGACAGCUUAAGUCAAGAAGCCUCAAUAGCGCUGGAAAUCAACACAAAUGGCAUUGAAACGCCUACAAUAUCAGAGACGGAACAAUCCCAAAGUUCCAACAUCAGACCGCCUUCAAGUGAACUUUCUCAGAGUCGUACAUCUGAUGGAAAGAAACUCCAGGAAGUCGACGUCAAAGAAAAUGACGAGGCUGCUGGUCACUCUCAUAAUGCCACGAUCAUCAUCACCCCGGUAGAUGACCAAAUCAAUACCUCAAAUGCGCCUGGUGACGACCCGUCCGGCAGCGGCACAACACAAGUGGCAAGCCCGAGCCCUUCCAGCAACUCUUUGCAAAAUUCUCCAACAGAGCCCCCGGGUCACAGCUCCCCGUCCACUACAAAUCCACCAGAGCAUCGCCUAACGCCUGAGAGAGCCGGCUCAACUGACAGCAAGCCACCGUCACCUGUGCCGGAUGGUUACCACACGCCGACUUUCCCGCUCGCACACUAUUACUACCCUUUGCUAAACGUCCCCCAUGUCCCUUACACUGGCUACACUGCGAUCACAAUCCCGGCCUCUCAGCCACCACUCCCAGAAAAGAAACGACUCUCAUCAACGCCGGGAUCCUUAAACGGCCACGUUUCACAUUUACGAGGCUCUCCGGUGCCUUCGCCGACGCACAAUGUGACUUUGCCCGCAACUAUGACAGAGCAGCGGCAGGGCUACGCGCAGUUCAGCGGCAGCAGGGAGGACAUCAGGGUCAACGCAAAGUUUGUCCAAGAUAGCUCAAAGUACUGGUACAAACCAGGCAUCUCCAGAGACCAAGCCAUAGCGGUGUUAAAGGACAAGGAACCAGGAACUUUCCUCAUUAGAGACAGUAAUUCGUUCCAAGGUGCCUACGGCCUGGCCCUCAAAGUGGCCACACCCCCUCCUAAUGCCAACGUCACUGGUACAAAAGCAGAUGCCGUGGAACAGCUUGUGCGACAUUUCCUCAUUGAGACAGGACCGCGGGGUGUCAAAAUCAAGGGCUGUCAGAAUGAAGCGUAUUUUGGGAGUUUAUCAGCCCUGGUGUACCAACAUUCAAUCACACCCAUCUCUUUGCCGUGUGCCCUUCGCAUCCCCGAAAGAGAUCUGGUUGGGGAUCUUCAGGAGCUCCGGAGUGUAACAAACACAAGCACAGCGGCUGACCUCCUCAAACAGGGAGCAGCCUGCAACGUUCUUUACCUGAACUCCGUGGACACGGAAUCAUUAACGGGGCCGGAGGCGGUUUCCAAAGCAAGCAAAAGUACACUGGCUCUGAGUCCACGUCCUGCUGCAACAGUGGUCCAUUUUAAAGUUUCCUCUCAGGGCAUCACCUUAACGGACAGCAAAAGACGGUUAUUUUUCCGGAGACACUACCCCAUCAGCAGUGUGACUUUCAGUAGUCUUGACCCCCAAGACCAGAGAUGGACUAACAGUGAUAGCACGUCCAGCAAGAUGUUUGGUUUUGUGGCCAGGCGAACGGGCAGCGCCACAGAGAACGUGUGCCACCUUUUCGCAGAGCUGGAUCCAGAGCAACCUGCUGUGGCCAUUGUCAACUUUAUCAAUAAGGUUAUGCUGGGCCCGCAGCUACGCAGAUGAAACAUGAAGUCUAUGUACAGUGCAGAAGACUUAUGCCACCACUGACUUUGUUGUUUUGAUUGUUGAUUUGUUUUUGCAGCAGGCAUUUUGACAUUGGAUUACCAAAGAGGAUCUGUAAUUCUUCGGAUUGUGUGGAAUUGAUUGUUGAUCAACCGUGGAUGUAUGUUCCACUAUGUGUCAAUUAGUUUGCUGGAUAGAAAAGGAAUGAUUUUUUUUUUCUGUUGCAAAUCAUUUGAUGUUAAAACGUGAGCAUAAAAAUAAUCUUUUUUUUCGCAUUUGCAUUUUAACCCCUUCAGGGACAGCGGUUUCUAGAGUGGACAUCUUAUGUUAUCAGGUAACAGGGUGCACGAGAUUUCAAAUUUAAUCAAAUGUCGGUUUCGACUUCACCGAUGUGCAGAAUUACAUGCAGAAUGUUUAAGCACGUGGCGAGUGGGCUUUGUAUAAGUAAUACAUAUAAGUUUUCAGAUUAAGAGGUUUUUGUUGAAAAAUCAAACCGAAAGUGAGGGAAAGUUCCCAUUUGAGACGGAUAAAUUUAUCCCAGCAGUUACAGAGUACUUGUGACAGGCAGUAUUUUCCUCUGCUUCACGAAAGAAACACCGACAUCUAAUUGUAUUUAAGAUGAAAGGAUAUGGAAUGCACUGAGCUAAUACACAAAGGCAUAACAAAAAACAAGCUCAAGUAACACAGCCAUAAAUGAAUCAACCAACUCAAAGACAGAAUAUCGAUAUUAACUUUUUUGUGACAGGAAAUAACGAAAUCAUGCCUUAAAGCUGGAAUAUUUCACAUUUGGGGAAACAUGUCACACUGGUAAGGUCAUUUUCAACAGAGACGUGAGCUCACUUUCUCCAUGCCUCAGAAUGACCACAUAUUUGGUCUUGACUUCUUUGAUUUGUUUCUAUUUUCACAAACCAACCAAGAUCCUUGGUAACAGACAAUAAACAUAACCAAACCAAAGACAUCAAUUGUAAAAAUAUAUUUCAAGUUUGAUGUUUUUAUUAUUAUUAUGUUUCUCACUUGUUUUUUUACAAACAGUAUAACCAGCACAAAUGUAAUUUUCAUAACGUUCGUCUGGAAAAAAAGUAAUAUAUUUUAUGUGUGAAAUAAAGUGCUAAAAAACAC